AUGGAGGACGAAGCGGUGAAGAAACGGCCCAUAAUCUCUGCAAGAGAGAGAGGUCCGGGUCCUGGACGCUACGCCCUGCCCCCGACCGUGGGAUACAUCAACCAUGACUUCACCAAGCCCAGCAGCCCCGCCUACUCCUUCCACAGCCGCAUGAGCAGCGCCAUGGUUUCUGUGGACUCCAGUCCAGGACCCAGGUACAACAUCGAUGCCAAGGUCACCAGGUUUGGACGCAUGGACACCCCAUCCUACUCCAUGCUGGGCAGAGGGAGGCGUUUAGGUCAGGUGUUCCAGACUCCAGGUCCGGGGACCUACAGCCCAGAAAAGGCUCCGCCCGUCAACACCCACCGCCGACCACCGUCCUACACCAUGAGCACCCGCACCAGAUACCGCGCUGUGGACGCUGUUCCAGCUCCAAACAGCUACAUGCUUCCUAAUCUGCUGGGCUGCCAGGUUCCAAACAAACCGUCCAGUGCCAGCUACAGCUUCUUGGGUCGAAGGAAUGUGGGCGCUCCCUCUGAGGACCUGUCCAAGAGCCCUGGACCAGGAAAAUACAACAGCACCCCCGCAGACAUUUACCGCACCCGCCAGCCCUCCUUCUCCAUGCAGAGCCGGACUAAGAGGCCCAGCUACUCCUCCAGUAUUCCUGGACCUGGAACAUACAGUCCAGAGAAGUUCUACAUGCACCUCCCCAAACCGCCGUCCUUCACCUUAGGAAUCAGACACUCAGAGUUCGUCACCCCACUGGUAGUGGACGUUGUUGACAGCUGA